CCUCUUCCAUCGAUUCCCCCCUUCCACCGUGCCCUCCUCCCAUUUCCCAUUCCCAUUUCCCCUAUUCCACCGUGCCCUCCUCCCAUUUCCCAUUCCCAUUUUCCCUCUUCCAUCGAUUCCCCUCCUCCCAUUUCCCAUUCCCAUUCCCAUUUCCCAUUCCCAUUUACGGUUGCUUCUUCAAAUUGAGGCAGUAGGAUUGUUGACUGUUGAGUUUCUGGUUUUGCUCUGGAUCAGGUGUCUUAGGUAGCUUUGUUGUGGAGUGGGAAUCGAGUAAAGAAGGUUGCACAAUGCAUGUCUCUCCUGAUCAACUUUGGCCUCAUACCAAGAUCAUAUGGAGAUUUCUUUGUUAAAAGCACUUCUCGGUAACAUUUCCUCAUUUUUAAAUUUGUGUUCUUUUGAGAACAUUAACUCAGAACCAGUUCAGAAGUUUUACUAGAGAGCAGAAGAGAUACUAAAGUUGUUGAAGCCAAUUCUUAGCGCAGUUAUUGAUUCAGAAAUUACUUCUGAUAAAGUGCUUGGUAAGGCAUUUGAAGGAUUGCGUCUCUCUAAAGAAGAAUUGAGAGAGCAAUUCGAGAGCUGGCAACCCCUUUUGAGUAAAGUUUACUUUGUAUUUUCAGCUUUUGGAUUUGUGCAUAAGAUUAUUACCUUUGAGAAGACAGUUGGAUUUCAGUCAGGGAUAUAUAAAUUGAACGGGGACUGAUGCUAUUGAAGUAGGGGAGACUCCAAUUGACUCCUAUCCUAGUUCCUUUGAGAAUGGCGAAAGGUAACAGCAACCGCUAGCUGAGAAACGACAAGGCGCGGAAGGGUUCCUCCUGCCUUAAAAACUUUACUCUUUUCGUAUCCCCAGCCCAGAUCUUUCCUCUCUGCUUUGCCUUUGCCUUUUGUUUUUAGAUCUCCCAACUACUUAUACCCUUAAAGUGUCCCAACGGUCGCUUUUCCAUCGAUCUUCCCACACUUUCCCUUUUUAAUUAGUAUUCAAUCCCCCGCACAUUCCAAAUCAUCAACCGCCUCUCUCCCUCCUGCCAUGUCCCAAAAUCACUUCCUUCCUCUCUUUCUCUAUCUCAUUUUCGUGUCGCUGCCGCGUUCUUUGGCCCAGCAUGGCGGCGAAACGGUGGUCACGGAGCUUUGGUGUGUCGCAAAGAACAACGCCGACGACGCGGCGCUUCAGGGAGCGCUGGACUGGGCUUGCGGUCCUGGCGGAACGGACUGCAGCCGGAUCCAGCAAGGCGGACCCUGUUACGACCCCUCCGAUGUCCAGAAAACGGCGUCUUAUGCCUUCAAUGACUACUACUUGAAGCACGGCAUGACUGACGAUGCUUGCUCCUUCUCCAACAAUGCCGCUCUCACUUCUUUAGACCCUAGCUAUGGAAAUUGCAAGUUUCCUUCCAGCAAGACAGUGAACAAUGCAAGCAUUUCUCAGUCGACAGGAACACUGGGGAUGGGACCAGAUACUGCAGAUCUGAGUGCUUCUCAUCGCAGUGCUCACUCCUGGCUAAGGCAACCGCUGAUUGUUGCUUCUUUCUUUCUUAGUAUUGUAAGGAUCCUCUCAUAAGAUUAGAUCGAAUCGCAAGUUUUAGUCGAAUUUUUUCCUUUCUGAAGCAGAAAAGGCAAAUGCUUUUUCGAAGGCAAGAUGUGUUUAUUUGAACUUUUGAGUUGGAUUGCAUAUAUAUGUUUAAUUUCGUCGACUUAUUAAUGCAUCUUUCUGCAAGUGUUUUCCA